AUGGGCUGCCCGGACAUUCCCGCAUACUACAAAGCCACUAUACUUAUGCACGCAAUAACCACACAGGAUGGCAACAAAGGCCCUCCAUGGGCAGAUAUUGAAUCUCACUGGUCCCUCCCUGAAGGGAUUCACCUCCUUCUUUGGAUUCCAAAGCCCUCUCGCCCUAAAGUUAGUAGCCUAUUACCCAUGACAGCGGUGAUGCUAAAAAUCUGGGGCAAUCAUAAACAUUCCUUCCUCUCCAGACUACCGAUCUCCCUAGCCACGCCGCUUAGAUGUUUUCAUUAUUUAGUUCCAACCUUCAACAGCAAUAGCUGGGAAAGUCAUGGCCUCACGCACUUACACCACCUAUGGUCAGGAGACUCAAUGUCCCAAUUCGCGCAACUGUGCCUGAAACACGAUAUCCCUACAGGGUUGUACCUUUCUUACUUGCAAAUUCAAGCGCGCACCCGCCACACACAACUCAAACCCACAGGGAAUGUAAACCAACACCACAACAUGACACUCAUUGAGAAAAUGUGCACAGGCCAAUUACCCAAAAGAAGAUUAAUAUCACUAUGCUAUGACUCGUUGUUGUCAGCCAACAAGACGUCUUUACCGUCUUAUACAUCUGCAUGGGAAAGGGAGCUGGAAUACACAAUUCCAAAGGAAAAAUGGCUUACAGCCUUUAGCGCACAUAAAUCCCUCACCCACUGUGUAUCCCACAUCGAACUGCUUAGAAAGAUUUUAACGAGAUG